CUGUGUCAGUGCUUUGAAGAGAAAGCUCGUCAUAGGAAAUCACGCGAUAUCACAUGAAUGUCUAAGGUAAGCCUUUCACAAGAGAAUGUGCGGGAUUGUGACAAUUUUAAACGGCACAAAGAAAAUUUAUUGUCAGCGAGCAGCCCAUAGAGAGUGUGUGACUAGCCUACAACCCGCUGACACCCUGGAAACAACGUGUGGAAAUAUCCCAUCCGAUGAUGUCCACGAUUAGUUACCAGCAUGAAAACAAUGCAGAGCAGGCUGCCAAGAAGAAAAGGCCAGCUCCACCCAUCAGUGAUGUUCCUGAGCCAAGCAUCGGUUUUGACACCAUAUACAGUGAUUCGAAAAUGCAAGUGACGAACAGAGAGGUAGAAAUCUCAUUCGUGCACCCGAGAAAGUACAUGUGGCUGGUGACUACAUUGAUAGACAUUGUACUGUGGUGUGUAGGCUUCGCCGUGUAUAUGUGGUGUGUACUUGGAACGGACGACGUCAGCGACAGAAAUAGCUCUCGUAUUUUCCGCUUCCGGGUCACGAUCAUAUUCCUGUCUGUUGAUUUGGCCAUCAUUCUCGCACUAUCUAUUAUUCUGGUCGUCUUCCGAAAUGAGCCUGAGAUCCGAUGUCACAAUUCAUUAUUCAUCGGUCAGGUCGUUGUAUGCACGUAUAUGUAUUUGAUAAUAGCCAUCAUACGUUCAACGGCUCGCUCUGGCACAGGAGUGUUCGCAGGGAUUUUCAGUUUGCAGUUUGAACUAUGGGGAGCCGUGGCAACAGUAUGGACAUAUUUUGGCCUUGUGUCUGCAUUUAUACUUCGACUGCGAAUGAUAUACAGGAUCUUCACCACGUCCCGCUUUCAGACCCAAAUAUACUGGCUAGCGCUACAUGUGGUUCUAUUGGUCAUCUCUUCGUUACCAAUCAUAGUCUGCACAUACGGCAAAUAUCCAUGCUCGACAGCACAAUACUACGCUGGCGUCUGGUUCAUGUGGAUAUUCUUCCUACUAGAAGGUUUGUAUUACUUGAACGCCGUCAGACCAGUGCCUGGGUUGUUCGUGGAUUUCUGGUCAAAUGUGAGACUCGUGCUGUUCUACUUCUUAACAUUCGCCGGUAUGUGCUUUUACACGAUUAAGUAUGGUGGCGAUGCGCCUACGGUGGUCACUGACAUGGUCAUUCUUGCCGCAAACCUCAUCCUGAUUUCAUGGUUCGAACUAUUUGGCUAUAGAACCAUCAAAGUUUUGGCCGGGUACUUCAAACUACCUUGGUUUCAGUACGCAGACUUGCAGGGUGUGUCCUCAUACCUGCUUACAAAUGAUCUCCAAGGUAUUGCCUUCAUCAUAUUGGAUCCCUUCUUGUACCCAAAAUUUGAGACAAUGGCGAAGGAAGGAUUUUUCUACGAAAACCUCGCAUUUUGCAGGUCAUGGUCCGCUGCCAAGGCGCACCAUGAUCUAGCAGAGAAAGGUAGGGCAGUAGCACUCAUUGUCACCACAUAUGUCACAGCCGUAGACGACCCAUAUAUGCAGCUUAACGUCAGCAGCAAACAGCGGGAGACCAUAAUGAAAGAGUACAAGGUACUGCAGGACACUGGGGUAGCAUCCGUGGCACUUGUCCAGACCCUGGAUGAUGUGGAGCAGCUAAUUCUGAGUAUGAUGCAACAGCACAUCGGCAGGUUUCUGAAUGAGAAAGGGGUCCUAGAGUACUGCCAAAGAGUUAUUGCCAUGGUGAAGGCGCGUAUGGUCGUACCCGCCUAUACAUAUACGUGACAAAGGUUAAAUUGUGUCAUCGAUACAACCAAUACUAACUCACAAUUCACCGAGUCACCAAUAUAAUUUGAAUUUAGAAUAUAUACAUAUCAAUAAAGACCUGUUUAUUUCCAAA